UUGGAAACACUUGGCAUGUUUGUUUUACGACGGCAAUUUUUCUUUGGAAAACAAGUUUUAAAAUCCUCUGGUUUUCCAUCAAUUAACAGGUUGCUAUCGUUACGAAAAAUGUCUGACGAAGUGCAGAAAGCUCAAGAUGCCGCAGAAGGCGGAGAUACGAUUUUUGGGAAAAUCCUUCGGAAGGAAAUUCCUUGCAACUUCAUCUAUGAAGACGACUUGGCUGUUGCUUUUCACGACUUGAUGCCGCAAGCUCCAACGCAUUUUUUGGUUAUCCCGAAGAAACCGAUUUCAAUGUUGUCGAAAGCGGCCCCGGAAGAUGAAGCGUUGCUUGGGCAUUUGAUGCUUGUGGGAAAUCGCGUUGCGCAAGACUUGCAAUUGGAGAAUGGAUAUCGUGUUGUCAUCAACAAUGGGAAGCACGGAGCUCAAUCGGUGUAUCAUCUACAUUUGCAUUUUCUCGGAGGGCGUCAAAUGAAAUGGCCUCCAGGUUAA